AUGUGCUUCAAUACUUUUAUCCAACAUAUCAAAGCUGAAAAGUACCGUCAGUUUGGCUUCUCCUUCAAGCUAUUAAAUCCUAUCCACUGGUUCCAAUUCGCUGAUGACGCAGCCGUAAUCACUGGCCAAGAAUCUGAAAACCAGCAUCUCUUAAAUCGUUUUUCCAUCUGGUGCCGAUGGUCCAAUAUGAUUAUCAGAGUCGAUAAAUGUAGUACCUUUGGCAUCAAGAAAGCCAUCACAAAAUCAGUCCAAUAUUUGCCGAAACUCAUCAUCAGCAAUAAUCUGAUACCAACAGUAAAGAUUGGAGAAGCAUUUCAAUAUUUAGGACGUUACUUUGAUUUUAACAUGUCGAACGAUAACCAUAAGACUGAACUAACCACUCUCGUUAAUGAACUAAUGACUGAUAUUGACUCGAAGCCACUCCACCCAAGAAAUAAGCUUCUCGUAUACAGUCGUUAUGUCUUAUCCAAAAUAUCGUGGCAUUUCACCAUCGCAACACUUCACGCCGGGUCAGCAAGCAAUGAUUUUCGGCAGUUUGCAUGUCAUUAAAAAUUGCGCGAAUUUUCCGUGUUUUACCAAGGAGAAUGGUAACGAAUUAAUUAGUCAUCGUUUUUUCUUUCGCUGAGGCUCAUGGUAUUGUCUGGGUCGAAAGUGAACAGCAAAUAUGGAAAGGAGAUGCUUCAAGGAUCAUUUUAAUACCAAAUAGUGGCCGUAAACCCACGAGGAAAUAAUAGAAUAUUUCGCCUUUUUGAGGACUAAAAUGAUCGAUACUGCACAGUUUGUGAAAUUCAACUAGUUUUCUCUCGGAUAAAAUUUGGCAUCGUUUGUCAAUCCUUGAAGAAUUGUAUUUGUAAAGCAACUUAAGACCUCUGGUGAGCAUCGUAUGAUUUUUGUUUGUAAAAUUUUGUCUCCGUUUGAGAGUAACAGGACCUGAUACUUAGUUGUUUUCCUUGUGUUAUUCAUAAAGGAUUCGCAGAUGCACAGAAGUCGCAUUUAAAAGAUUUCUAAAGAAAAUGCCUAAUACCAAAGAUAAACGUUUUAACAUUGCAAUGUAUAUGAAAGAAAGGAAAGAAGCAAGGUUUAAAGCUGUUCUAAAUCAUCGAUCGCUAGCGUUGGAGCACAAGAAAAGCGAGAGAAUUCAAGCCAAGGUAUAGAAACCUAAGCAAUGUAUUUGUUAUUCAGAUAUUAACAUUCUAUUUACUAUCAGUAAAUGUUUAACUUUGUUAUUAAUAUAAACAUUUACCUUUAUGCAGAUUGUAAAAGCAAAGGAAAAAACAGCUGCUUUGACAUCUGAUUUGGAAAACAAUAUGGUGAGUUUCUGCGACAAAUCAAAUCAUGUGGUAUAGUAGGAUUAAACCCAUUAAGCCGUAAUAUGUCUAUAUUUUGUUAUUUUACUCUGUCUAAUGCCAGAUGAUUUUACUCAUCAAGGUGAAAAUAUUGGACAUUAACCCAUUAUGCCCCAGCGCUCUCCCCUUGACUAGGAAAAUCGUCUGGCAUUAGACAGAGUAAAAUACUAAAGUAGAUGCAUCAGGGUGCAAUGCGACUCAAUGGGUUAACUAGACACAUGGGCAGAUAGGCCAGUUAACACAUUAAGCGCCAGCGUUUUCCCCUUGACGAGUAAAAUCGUCUGGCGUUAAACAGAGUAAAAUACUAAACUAAGGUGCAUCAGGGUGCAAUGGGACUCAAUGGGUUAACUGGUAAAUUACAGCAGCAUAUUUUGGUUCAUCUAUGCAUUUUACAAUUUACAUUAUAAUAUAGCAUUUGUAAAUUCUGAACGCUGAUUGGCUAAGAGCCGUGUUGAUAUAACUCAAUGUCAACACGGGAAAUUUUCCGCCGCUUGUAAACACGGAAUUUUUUCCUAUCCUUCGGGCUUUUGACAUUGCUAUAUUAUAAAAAAAUAUAAAACAUUUUUUCCGUGUUGAUAUAUAGUUAUAUCAACACUCGUGGAAGUUGGGAAAACUUGAAAUUGUAUGGAAACACGAUGCCUGAAGGGCGUGUCCCAAUUCCACUCGUGUUGAUAUAAAUGUAUAUCAACACGGAAAAUGUUUUAUAUUUGUUAAAUAACAGUCAACUAUUUACAUGCACAGGUAAUAUAUACUGUAAAUUUAAGUAAUGAUAUAAAAGAUUCUGGACUUUCAUGCAAGAAAUACCCCGUCAGAUAAACAAUUAUGAUUUUCGAACACUUUUUUCAGGUUUUUUACAAUUUUAUUAUUUAACGACAAUACCAGUACUGCUAAUAUAUUGCCUGCCUGUGCAGUUCAACUAUUUUGGCCUUGUUAUUUUGGCUCGGCAACAAUGGCUUCAAUUACCUCUAGUAUAAUUUGUUCGUGAUGGUAAGUGGGAUUUGAGAUGGGCCGUGACCAUUUGAUGAUCCUAAUUAAUUUGUAUUGUUAGCCCUGUAAUUCUGAGACAAGGACAAGAAAAGCUACGACAUUGGAGAAUGGGGUAUCAAAUAUGCCAGUUCGAACAGCAACAAAAAGGAGGCGGGAAACCAUGACAGCGGUAUCAGCAAUCCAUGGUGCAUCCAAGAAGAAUUUAAAGCCUGCUUAUGAUGGGAUGUUCGACACCCUCCAGAAACGAUGCAAGAUGAAAGAUUUAACAAAUUAUGUAUUAGGUAAUGAGAAUUUAACUAAAACUGUAGUUUCUGAAUAUUACAAAAAAGAGUUGAAAGAUUUUGAAAAAUUAAAAGAAAAUGCGGAAAGGAGUAUUGCUACAUUUUACUCAAGUGGUGUCAUGGGCAAGAGAAAAUAUCAAAGUGUUAGGCUUGUGCUUUCAAUGACAUCAAGCGAACAAGGUGGGAGAACGGGCAUAUCAAUUUUUCCAGGCUGCAAGGUACCCAAAAUAUUAACAUAUAAUAACCUUGUAAGAGAGUUGAACAAAAUUGAUAUUGGAAAUGUUUUGGAAAUCAAUAACGAGUACCUCAGUGACUUAGAAAUAGAUGCACCCAUCAAUGGCGCAUACAGAGAUCUAAGAGAGUACUUGCCACGUUUAGCUAAGUUCUAUUUGAGUACCGAUAGAAAACAUGCUUUAGAAUGGUACGGUAAAACUGAGGGUACAUUUUUAAUAGCACUAGGAGGGGAUGGUUGCCCAUUUGGGAAACAUGAAAGUGCCUGUUCAUUUUUAGUUAGUUUCCUUAAUGUUGGUCGAAAG